UGUGUGUCAGAGAGCUUGGGUGUAUGUGUGUGUCUGUGUGAGUGGCCCCCAAGGGUUUAAUGAACGAAGAGGUUCACUUGUGAGCUGAUUGAUCACUGACAGGGAGGAGGGAGUGUGUGUGUGUGUGUAUGUGAGAUGCUUUUACAGACAGUGUUUCAGUGUCUCUUGAUCAGAGCGAGAGAAGCAGCAGAGAGAGCAAGAACAUGGACAUAUAGCAGGACUUUUAUUUUGAAGAGUUAUAAAAUAAAUCAAACCCAAGCUUUUUAUUUUAUUUUUCAACAUUUUUAUGAUGAUAACCAGAACAACAAUGUUAUCUCACCCCCUGAUGCUGCUGGUCCUCGUGGUUGUCAUGACGAUGGUGGAUGGAGCACGGGUCCUGAGUGGUCAGAUGGUGUGUUCAGGCGGACCCCGUCGUCCCUGCUACAAAAUUGCAUAUUUCCAAGACGUGUCGAGUCGUGUGGCUUUCAGGGAGGCGUGUCGAGCCUGUGAGAUGGACGGAGGCUCACUGCUCAGCAUCGAGAGCCCGGUGGAACAGAGGGACAUCGAGAACCUGCUGCAGGGGCUGCGUUCAGGAGCAGGGGGAGGAGCCAUAGCAGACGGAGAUUUCUGGAUUGGACUGACUCGGGUGGAUGGAUCGGAUCAGACUCAUCCAGAACUCACCAACACCUUCACUUCCUGUCCGCAGCUGUACCAGUGGACAGACGGCAGUGCUGCCACCUUCAGGAACUGGUACUUUGAUGAGCCGUCCUGUGGAGGCGAGGCCUGUGUGGUCAUGUACCAUCAGCCCACUGCACUUCCUGGUCUGGGCGGGGCUUAUCUGUACCAAUGGAACGACGACCGCUGCAACAUGAAACACAACUUCAUCUGCAAAUACAAACCAGUGAGAGACACACCUGGUGGGCGGGGCACAGAGGUGACAGCAGGUGGCGGUGUGGUCAAACAGUCUGCAGGUGGUGAAGAGGUGCGGCCUCAGGUCACUGUGGCUGGAGGUUCAGGCAUGUUACUGGUCUACGUCAUCAUUCCCACAAUCCCCCUGCUGCUGCUCAUCCUGGUGGCUUCUGGGACAUGCUGUGUUCAGAUGUUCAGUCAAAGAAGAACGCCCCACACAAAGACGACCACCGACCGAUCAAACCUCUGGAUCUCCAAACCGUCCAAAGCCGACAGCAUCGAGGUCUGACUGAGUCAUGACAUCACCUCGCAGCUUGGCUGUUUUCUUCUUUCCUUUCUACAUUUCCUGUCUCCUCACUCCUUUAAAUGAGUUUGUGCACUUCAUGAAGUGGGAGGGAUCAGUGUCCCUCAGGGGGGCGGAGCCACAGGAGGGGAGUGUUGUGUGUUAAUGGGUUUGUGAUUAAAACAGAUGAAAAAAAUGUUUUUUAGAAGGUCAUGUAGUGUUAGCAAUAGAAUGUCCAUCCUGUCACCACUAACACGGUGAACAAUCAACAUGCUAAUGCUAACAAAUUAACAACAUGUAUCUGAGGUGAUGUAGAGUUAGCAUUAGCACCAUGUUCAUGUAACCAACUAAAGAGAA